CCCGAGGCCACCUUUCAGAUUCAUGGUUCAGGUUCCCCAGGGGUCGUGGGCGGACAUUAUUCAAUCACAGAUCUAAAGACGUCGUAUCAUGCACAUUCUACCUUGAACAUCCGUGGAAGAGGAGGAUGACAAUGUGAAUGGAGCCUUUGGUCAGCGAGAAGCAUUUUUGGUCUUGCUGAUCGAUGAUCUCACUGGCAGGGCGAUUCUACUGCCACUGAAACCGUCGCGUUACUGGCCACUUUUUCUUAGUUUCAUUGAGGACACAGAGUCCUUUUCUUCAUCCAUCCACUUAUUACACUCGUUUUGCCGCAUGGAUGCCUGACUCGAUUGCCGAACCUUUUACAUUCCCACUAUUCCACACUCGUUCCUCCUCCGUAGACCAUCCUGCACUUCCUUAUCACCAAGGGCAGAGCCGAAUCCACGCAGAAGACCCGCGUCGUUCACAGGACAUCGAAUUGAACGCGAUCCCACAAACGCGACAGAAGCAUAAUCGUACCGCUCCCACACAGUUCACUAGCCCCGUUGACAGUUACGAAGAGGAGGAAGACUCUGAGAACGACGAUUCCGAACAAGAUCAUCUUGUCGUAGAAGGGCUUUCAUCGCCGAUGAAACGCAGUAAAGCCAAAAAGAGCAAAGACAAACGAUCGCCCUCGCGCCCGGACCUGAGAAUCGAAAUCGACCAGAACGGCCAUGCGGAGAGGGCGGCGAACGGCAAGAUGGAUUCCCAUAUUGAAAUGAGACGGAAACACGUGUCGAGCGACGAUCCGGCAGCGAAUGCAGCCAGAAUCAUGAGCAGGGAGGACUUCAACCUUGACAAUGAGCCACCGCUCACGCCCGACACGCCGGGGAUGGUGAACACCAGUUUUUCGAACCUGCCGAUCAAAGACAAGCGGAAUUUUCUGUUGUUGGUGCUCCUCUACUUCCUUCAGGGCAUACCGAUGGGCUUGGCUUCUGGGUCGGUGCCAUUUUUGUUGAAGAGUUACCUCUCCUACGGACAGAUUGGUAUCUUCUCACUUGCGAUUUACCCAUAUUCCUUGAAACUGCUGUGGAGUCCGAUUGUCGAUGCAGUUUGGAGUAGACGGUUCGGACGAAGGAAAAGCUGGAUCACCCCAAUUCAAACCAUAUCUGGACUGGCGAUGAUUUACCUCGGGGGCGAGAUUGAUAGUAUGAUGAAGGCUGCGGGAGAGAAUGAUGGCUCUGGUGUAUGGGGGUUUACUGGCUGGUGGUUCCUCCUCGUCUUCCUCUGUGCUACUCAGGAUAUUGCCGUGGACGGAUGGGCGAUUUCGCUUUUGUCAAUCCAAAACAUCUCCUACGCCUCUACUGCCCAAACGGUCGGACUGACGGCGGGGUCUUUCCUGUCUCAUACGGUGUUUCUGGCGCUCCAGGCGCCGGACUUUGCCAAUGCUUGGUUUAGGGCUGUCCCGAAGGAAUAUGGCUUGCUGACGCUGGGAGGGUACAUGAAAUUCUGGGGCUGGAUCUAUCUUCUAGUCACGGUCGGCCUGGUCGUCCUGAAACGCGAGGAAAAGACCAACGAGCGUGAGGGGAUCAUGGAGGUCUACCGCAGCAUGUUGGCCGUGCUCAAGCUCCCCAACAUUCUAACCAUCAUUGUUAUCCAUCUGAUUGCCAAACUCGGAUUUGUCACCAAUGACGCGGUCACCAACUUGAAAUUACUCGACAAAGGGUUUGGUCAGGCCAAUAUGGCUUUGGUUGUGUUGAUCGAUUUUCCUUUCGAGCUGAGUCUGGGGUAUUACGCCGGGAAAUGGUCGACAGAAUACACACCCUUGAAAUUGUGGUGUUGGGCCUACGUGGCUCGGCUACUGGCUGCGAUGUUUGCCCAGUUCACCAUCAUGAUCUAUCCUACGGGAGCAGAUGAGCCGGUGCCAUUAUGGUACAUGCUUGUGGUGAUCUCCUCACAUGUCUACUCGACGUUCAUGAACACCGUCAUGUUUGUGGCAGCAUCAGCGUUCCACGCCAGGAUCGCCGACCCAGCGAUCGGAGGAACGUAUAUGACGCUGUUGGCCACUGUAUCAAAUCUCGGUGGGACUUUCCCCAAGUUUUUCAUUCUCAAAUUCGUCGACCUUUUCACCAAGGCCACUUGUAUACCGCCAACCGAUCCCAUUGCUUUCUCCAAAGCUCAUCCGGACAUUACUCCCAUAACAAAUUCGUUCAGUUGUGCAUUGGAAUCCGACAAACACACUUGCCUCAAUGGAGGCGGCACCUGUGUCAUACAGCGGGACGGAUAUUACAUCACCAACGUUAUCUUUGUGAUCAUCGGCGCCGUCUUGUUCUGGACGUAUAUAGAGAAGAAGGCUCUUGCGCUACAGGCUCUGCCACUGCGAGCAUGGAGAGUGCAAGGGGACUACCGGCAGGUUGCCACCAGUUGAGGUUCGUGAUGGUUGGUUGGUUGGUCCGUUUAGUAACUUCUCGAUCAACACAGUGCAACCGAAACUCUAUGUAGGAUGAAUAUAUGGACUUAUUAUGUUCGAGACAUGCUUCAAAGAUUCAACUGC